AAUUCAAGGAUAAGUUGGCGAAUGAAGAUGAUGAAAUUUUUGGAUUUUUUAUUUCAAAUGUUGGUUUUUCUCCCAGCGUGAUUGAUGAAAUAAAGAAAUCUGAUCUUCUUAUUGUCAUCUGUUCAGAGAAUGAGUUUAUCAAUUUGUUUGAUAUCGUUGAAAAACAAUAUAAUGAACUGAAGAAGGAGGAGACAAAACGCGUAGAUUAUCUUAUUGAUUUUAUAGAUCAUAUUGAAAUGGAAG